GCCACUCAAGUUGGGAACUCGCAUCCGGAGGUUUGAGAAACGAUCGUUUGUGAGCAUGGCGAGCAAAACAGCGUACAGCGGUGUUCCCGCAGCGGAGGAUGCAGACCAGGGGUCAAAGAAAGCCCCACCUGCGGACGAUGCGAUCUGCUUGAAGCCCAAGAUGGGCCUUCUGAAUGGGGUCACAGUAAUUGUAGGCAGUAUUAUUGGUUCAGGAAUAUUUGUCAGUCCUAAAGGUGUACUUUUGGGUACCGGCAGCGUGGGCCUUUCCCUCGUGGUAUGGAUCGCAUCGGGUGUUUUUUCCAUGAUAGGAGCUUUCUGCUAUGCUGAGCUGGGCUGCAUGAUUACGAAGAGUGGUGCGGAUUAUGCCUAUAUAAUGGAAUCAUUUGGUCCCUUCGUCGCUUUCCUGAGGCUCUGGGUAGAGUGCAUGAUCGUCAGGCCUUGUUCGCAAGCAGUAGUGGCCCUCACUUUCUCUUUUUACGUCUUAAGACCUAUUUUUCCUGAUUGUGAGCCACCUGAUGCAUCUGUCCGUUUCCUAGCAGUCCUCUGCAUUUGUCUUCUAACCUUCGUAAACUGCUGGGAUGUGAAGUGGUCAACAAGAGUUCAAGAUCUGUUUACCUUCGGUAAACUCAUUGCUCUUGCAAUUAUAAUUGGAACAGGAAUUGUUCAGUUAUGCUAUGGACAAACACAAUACUUCACAUUUGAAGGAUCCGAAGCAGAUGUAACGAAAAUAGCCUUAUCUUUCUAUUCUGGACUGUUUGCUUACAAUGGAUGGAACUAUUUGAAUUUUGUGAUCGAAGAGCUGAAAAAUCCACAUCAGAAUCUACCCAAAGCUAUAUUCAUCUCCUGUAUAUUGGUAACUGUUGUUUAUACUAUGACAGUGGUAGCUUUUCAUACUACGUUAUCCGUUGCCGAAGUUUUGGGCGCCGAAGCUGUCGCUGUGACUUUUGCUGAUCGCUUAUACGGUAUGAUGGCAUGGAUCGUUCCUGUGUUUGUGGCUAUGUCAACUUUCGGCGGAGUGAAUGGAAUUUUAUUUACAUCAUCAAGGUUAUUUUAUGCUGGAGCAGAACAAGGUCAGAUGCCGAGAAUUCUGUCCAUGAUCCAAGUCAGCCACUUAACACCAGCUCCUGCUGUUAUAUGCAUGGCUUUGCUUUCUAUACUGUAUUUGUGCUCCAGUGAUAUUUAUGCUCUGAUAAAUUACGUUGGAUUCGCUACAUGGUUAGCAAUUGGUCUGGCAGUAGCUUGUCUUCCUUAUUUGAGGUGGAAACAACCUAAUCUUCCUCGACCUAUUAAGGUUAACUUGAUAUUCCCAGCAAUUUAUAUUGUAGCUUCAGUUUUUAUCACCGUUGUUCCAAUGAUGGCUGAUCCUGUCGGCACAGGAUUUGGAGCUCUUAUAAUUGCAACCGGUGUUCCAGUGUAUUUUCUCUUUGUUUAUUGGGAAAACAAGCCGAAAGCCAUCAGAAAAGGAAUUGAUUCUGUGACGUUUACUUUACAAAAAUUAUUGGUUGUUGUACCAUCAGAAAAAAGUUCAUAAUCAAGCACAACUACAUUCAUGUUCCUCGUUAUUAUUUGUGUUUGCCACAAAACAUGUGAAAUGUUAUGUGCUGUACAAAAUUUUCUCUUGGAAAAUGAAUUAUUCUAGAACUGUGA